AGAAGGCGUAGAUCCUUUAUGUCGCUAAGACGAGAAAACACGGCUCCACCGCGAAUGUUGUAUGGAGCUUCGAUGCGCCAGCCACGAAAUUUCACGCCACCACAACAGCGACGGAGUAGCCACGGGCUAACACAAAGAAGAGGCAGCCUCGGACAUCUCUAUUCUUCCAAUAAGAAGCCAGUCAUAGGUCGAAGCAAUAGUUUCAGCUGUGCUAAUGACGAUCUUAGUCCAACCAAGCUGGACUUUCAAUCCCUCAAGAAACGGCCGAGUUUACUGGGUGGUAAGUUUAAGUCCGGGAAUAAGGACCCCGAAGGUGUUGCCUGCAGCGAGAAACACUCCAUAGUAAUGCUGGGAACAGGAGGAGUUGGAAAAACAGCUUUAGUAGUUCGCUUCGUGACUGGUCGAUUUUUAAAUGAAUACGAUCCUACAUUAGAGAUGGUUUAUGAGAAAUCCUUACCUGUUGGUGACAGCAAUGUAUCACUGGACAUUCUGGACACCGCUAGCAAUGCUCAAGCUUCUUAUAUUAGAAAUGGAGAAGGAUUCAUAGUGGUAUACUCGAUAACUGAUCAUUACAGUUUUGAAGUGGCAAGACAGCUUGUCAAACUCAUCAAAGAGGUCAGAAAGCCUGACGGGGAGUGCCAGGUCCCUGUUAUACUGGUCGGUAACAAGAAAGAACUCCGCCGAGGAAGAAGUGUUAGCAAAGAGGAAGCCAGAGAGACUGCAAGCGAGUUCUCCUGCUCGCAUUACGAGACUUCGGCUCUAACCAAUAAGAAUGUUCAAAUCGUGUUUUUCAAUAUGGUGUUCCAGGUCAGAUUUACGAAAAAAUCGCGGCAAAAGAGCCAAGGAUCAUCGGGUAAUAAUGGAUUUCUGAGCUCAGUGCGUCAAUUGUUUAACCACAGGAGAGGUAGUGUGCAGGGAUGGUGAUGGAAUCCAAGAUUUUUAUAUUGGUUAGGAGAAGAGUGACUCAGGCAAGACUAAUUAUACUUAAUUGGAAUUUCUUUGAGACCGUAGUUUCCGCUAGGUAAUAAACUUAUAACGGAUCCAUCGUAAAGUCUAAAAUACGUAGAACUGUUGGUGACUUUUCAGACUGAAGUGCACAGGCGACAAAACUGUGUAGAUGUUAGAACCAAGGACGCUUUGCUCAUACAAGCAUUUAAGCUUUUGCUCACUUGAAAAACGUGUUUCUUUCAAAACGGGAGGAAAAAAAAUCAAUCGGUUACAAAACAUGGGAUGCUGUGACAUUCCAAAGAACGGCUGUGAAUGAGGCUACAAGUUAUAUUGAUAGAUAGGAAAACAUGACAGAACGUAAGUUAAUAAAAAGAGCGCGAAUUCUUUUCA